CGAAAGCUUACGCGCUUAGUGCUGGACGACAUCGGUUUUAUGCACUAAGGGAUCACCGAAAAAGCCGUCAAACUGUGGGGCUCCGGACCAUACUUUCUACAUCCCCAGGGAAUGUACUUUCCGCAGAUGGUCCAGGGGAUGGGACCGUUUCCGGGCACACCCGGCUUUCCACCGGGCGCAGCACAAACCGUCAGCACAGACAGCCUGUCCGUACAGGUGGUGAAAGGUGCUACGGGUGCCGGCGGUGGUGGUAGUGCUGGCGGUGGCGGUGGUGGAGGAGGAGGAGGUGGAGCUGUGGGGUUGGAUCAGCAUUCGCUCAGCACACUCAAGCAGCAGCAGGAGCAUCACAAUGCAGCCGUUGCCGCUGCAGCAGCCGCCGCCGCUCAGAUGAAUGCCGUCGCAACGACACAAACGUUGCGAAAUUCCGUCAGUCAAUUCAGCCCCUCGUCAGUAUUGGGCGCCCCGCCAGCAACGUCGAUAGCAGUAUCGCUGGCACCGCUAUCACUGCCAUCUACCAUGGUUAGUGGGGCCGGGGCUGGUAAUGGGGUGGCAGUAGCUGCUGGUAUGGCUGCCGCCAUGAACGUCAACGGUGGAUCACCAGGCGCCUCCACCAACGUGAAUGCAACGCCGAACGGUGGUGCGGCGCCGGGUGCGCUGAAUGGAGCAGGCAAUGUGACGGUAGCACCCGGUAUCAACGGUAACUCGGCAGGAAGUGGUGCGAACGGUACCGUGGCACUUUCGAACGGGAUUGAUCAACAGACUGUGAGCAUGUCCGAUUUACUGCAACAAUCCGAGCAGGAAACACCCAACAACGUAUCAAGUGCCAACACCGCUGAUGCCGGCUCGUCGGUUCUGAGCAGCGUCAGCAACAAUAACAGCAGCGUCAACAACCAAACCAAUGCCGCCGUUUCGGCGGCCAUCGCCGCGGCAGUCAAUUCAAUAAGCAGCAACACCAGCCCGAACAACGCCAUCAACACGAGCAAUAGCAGCAACGGUACCGCCAACGGUAGCAGUAGCAACAGCAUCGUGAGCAGUAUGGUGGUGACGGCCGCCGGACCGAUCGGGGCCGGCACCACGACCGUCGUUUCGGCCAUUCCUCCCACCAUGACCUCGUCCGCGUCGGCGGUUGCGCUCGCCCAGCAGCACCACCAGCAAACGAUACAAGCUCAACUGCAGCAGCAGCAGCAGCAGCAGCAACAACAACUCAAUAGCCAACAAACGAACCAGCAUCAACAGCAGCAGCAGCAGGUGGUGGUCAGCAGUCAGCAGCAGCAGCAGUCCCAAAGCGUAGCAGCAGUCGUCGCAGCGCUGACUGAUUCGAAAUCCCAACCAAAGCGACUACACGUGUCGAACAUACCUUUUCGCUUUCGCGAUCCGGAUCUUCGAACUAUGUUCGGGCAAUUCGGUUCCAUACUAGACGUAGAGAUUAUCUUUAAUGAACGUGGCAGCAAGGGAUUCGGUUUUGUAACAUUCGCUAAUAGUAGCGAUGCGGAGCGAGCACGCGAACGUCUUCACGGCACUGUGGUUGAGGGACGCAAGAUUGAGGUCAAUAAUGCAACCGCACGAGUUCAAAGUAAAAAAGCUCCUGCUGUAUCAAGCGUGUUUCUGACGAAACAAGGCGCCGUCUCGGCCCCGUCACUGGCAGCUGUUUGUGUCCCAUGGCCGGAAGCUGGCAUACCAGGGCAUCCCGCACUGUUGCAUCAUCCAGCGCUUGCCCAACAUCUUCCCCAUCAUCCCGUGUCCCUUUCGCAUCACCUCAAUCACCACCACCAACAGCAGCAGCAGCACCAGCAACGGCAUCCGGGCGUUCCUAUUCAUCUGCUCCAUCACCAAGGUACCGCGCCAUCGUCCCAUCCGAUGGCAUCGGUUAUUGCGGGGUUAGCACGGAAUGGCGCCACCAGACAUCCGUCGCUUGCCAACCUGCCGGGACUAGCAGCGAACGGUACCGCGAACGGUAGCGGCACAGGUGGUAGCACAGCAAACGGAACGAACGGAACACCCGCUGCUGCUAGUGCUGGUGGUGCCGGUAGUGCGACGGCGGCUAACACUGGAAACAUGGGUCCAGCCGCAUUGCUUUCCGGUCAUCAUCCGGCAACCUUUGCCCCAUUGAAUGGGCACGCGGGUGCGAUAGCCAGCUACCCAUCUGUUUAUUUCGACCCGUAUCUGGCAGCGGCAGCAGCAACAGCCGAUCCCAACUAUCGCCUACAGGCUGCUAAACCGGUGACGGAGGUUCAAGCACAACCUACCAUUUUGAACGCUGCAGCUCCACUGUUAAAGACGCCACUGUCGCAGGCACAGGCACAAGCACAGGCAUACUCGGCAAGCUAUACGGCCGCAGCUGCAAGGGCUGCAUAUGGAGCAGCAGCUGCUGCAGCUCAACCAACCGUUGCCGGCUACACGACAGUCGCUGGAUACGGACGUGCGGAGUAUCCCGAUCCAUAUCUAGGACACGGUAUCGGACCCGUACACGGCUAUGGGGCAACUAUGUACCGAGGAGGAUACAACCGCUUUGCACCGUACUAAGCAGUGU